AUGAGCAACAAUCAAAUUGGCCCUGUCCUCGAGGCAAGCUUUACAACUAGCCGCGUCUCUGGAGACGCGCUAUGGUCAGCCGGGCCUGACGAACUUUGCGAAUUGAAUACUGACCAACCCACCGACUCCGUGAUCGUUCCCGCUGAUGAAGAUGAUAUUGAAACCAAAGAAGACUUCCAGCUGAGGCUAAUUUUUGCCAUUGCGCAGAUGAUGUUUGUGAGCGGCGAAACGGCUGAACCGAGUACGGAGACCACCUGGAUGAUCGAAGAGAUUGUUCGUGAACAAGUCCUUGAGAUGCUUACCCAAGCCACUGGCCUUGCAAAUCGUCGAGGUUCAAGAUCCAUCUCGAUUGUCGAUCUCAUUUUCCAAAUCCGUCAUGACCGAGCCAAAGUGUCCAGACUUAAAACAUUUCUAUCCUGGAAAGAUGUGCGCAAGAAUGUCAAGGACUCUGAUGAUAAGGGAGGUGGCGAUGCUGGCGAUGUCGGAGACUUUGAAGAGGCUUCCGGAGGGGUCAAUCCCUCGGCACCUCAAAAAUCGAGUGGGAACAAGAAAGCCAAACUGGUACUGCCGUGGGAAGCGCAGUCCUUCUACUCAGAACAAGUGCCCGAACGAGAUGACGAAGAGGACGAGGAGGAAGAGGAACAGAAUGAAGCCACACUGGCUCGACUUGCUUCCGCCGAUGAGCGCACGAAAAACAUGACCAAGGAAGAAUACGUGUACUGGUCCGACUGCCGACAAGCAAGUUUCACAUUCCGCAAAGGGAAACGAUUUCGAGAAUGGGCGGGGUUCGGUACCAUCAUUGAGAGCAAGCCCAACGACGACGUGGUUGACAUUCUCGGUUUCUUGACAUUCGAGAUUGUGCAAACCUUGACCGAGGAAGCGUUGAAGGUCAAGGCUGCCGAGGAUCUGGCGAGCAAGAAGGCCAACGGCGGGCGAGGCGAUCAAGACACGAUGAAGAAGAGGAAGAGAGAAGGGUGCAGUCUGUUCGAGAUGCCCGAGGAGGGUCGAACACCCGUGGAACCGAAGCAUGUCAGAGAAGCGUUCAGAAGAUUGCAGGCGGUGCCGAAUCGCUACAAGUUCAUGAGGCAGGGUUUUGCCGGCAUGAGGACGCCACUGAGGAUGAUAUGA